GGGACAGCGCUGCUGGCACCACGUGAGCCUGAGCCCGGCCGGGCCGCACAGAAAGCAAGGCGGGGAGCCUGGCUCCCGGCCCCUCCCAGCUUUCCUCAGCCUGGGACUGGCCUGAGGGGGAGGAACUAAUUGUCUGCAUCAUGGCGAAGCGGGAGGGCAGUACCAGCCCAGUGGUUCGGCAGAUUGACAAGCAGUUCCUGGUCUGCAGCAUCUGCCUCGAUCGAUACCAUUGCCCUAAGGUUUUACCCUGCCUGCACACCUUCUGUGAGAGGUGCUUGCAGAGCUAUAUCCCUGCGCAGAGUCUGACAUUGUCAUGUCCUGUGUGCCGCCAGACUUCCAUCCUCCCCGAGCAGGGUGUUUCUGCUUUGCAGAAUAACUUCUUUAUCAGCAACCUGAUAGAAGUAAUGCAGAAGACCCCUGAUGGAGGCCGUGAUCCCACUGCCCCUCACCCACUCUGUGCUGUGGCUGGGCGUCCUCUCUCCUGUCCCAACCAUGAAGGCAAGACAAUGGAGUUCUACUGUGAGUCAUGUGAGACAGCCAUGUGUGGGGAAUGUCGAGCUGGGGAACAUGGGGAGCACCGCACUGUGCUGCUCCGGGAUGUGGUGGAGCAACACAAGGCAGCCCUGCAGAGACAGCUGGACACCGUGCGCAGCCGGCUGCCCCAGCUGACAGCUGCCAUUGCCCUGGUGGGAGAGAUCAGCCAGCAGCUGGUGGAUCGGAAGGCUGAGGCCCUGGCCCAAAUCAGUGGGGCCUUUGAGGAGCUGGAGCAGGCACUGCAGCAGCGCAAGGGGGCACUGGUCAGGGACCUGGAGGCCAUCUGUGGGGCCAAGCAGAAGGUGCUGCAGGCCCAGCUGGAGACACUGCGUCAGGGCCAGGAACAUAUUGGGAGCAGUUGCAGCUUUGCGGAGCAGGCCCUACGGCUAGGCUCAGAGACGGAGGUGCUGCUCGUGCGUAAGCAGAUGGGGGAGCGGCUGGCGGCGUUGGCCAGCCAAGCCUUCCCUGAGCGGCCUCAUGAGAACGGGCAGCUGGAGCUUCUUCUAGAGACGGAUGGCCUGCGCCGCUCAAUUCUCAACUUGGGUGCACUCCUUACCACUAGUGCCACAGCCCACGAGACGGUCGCUACGGGUGAGGGCCUUCGCCAGGCACUGGUGGGGCAGCCAGCCUCACUGACUAUAACCACCAAAGACAAGGACGGGCAGCUUGUGCGCACAGGUAGUGCAGAACUUCGGGCAGAGCUGACGGGCCCCGAUGGGGCUCGCCUUGAAGCCCAUGUGCUAGACCACAAGAAUGGCACUUACGAGCUGGUCUACACAGCCCGGGCAGAGGGUGAACUUCUCCUCUCUGUAUUACUGUAUGGGCAGCCUGUUCGGGGCAGCCCCUUCCGAGUGCGUGCCCUGCGCCCUGGUGACUUGCCCCCGUCUCCUGACGAUGUCAAGCGCCGGGUCAAGUCCCCUGGUGGUCCCGGUGGCCACGUGCGACAGAAGGCUGUGCGCCGGCCCAGCUCUAUGUAUAGCACAGGAGGCAAGAGAAAGGACAACCCUAUUGAGGAUGAGCUGGUCUUCCGAGUUGGCAGCCGUGGGCGAGAGAAGGGCGAAUUCACCAACUUACAGGGCAUCUCUGCAGCCAGCAGUGGCCGCAUUGUGGUGGCUGACAGCAACAACCAGUGCAUCCAGGUGUUCUCUAAUGAGGGCCAGUUCAAACUCCGCUUUGGUGUACGAGGCCGCUCUCCUGGGCAGCUACAGCGUCCCACAGGCGUAGCAGUGGAUACCAAUGGUGACAUUAUUGUGGCUGAUUAUGACAACCGUUGGGUCAGUGUCUUCUCAUCUGAAGGCAAGUUCAAGACCAAGAUUGGAGCUGGGAGGCUCAUGGGACCCAAGGGCGUGGCUGUGGACCGAAAUGGGCACAUCAUAGUGGUGGAUAACAAGGCUUGCUGUGUCUUCACCUUCCAGCCCAAUGGAAAGCUAGUGGGUCGCUUUGGGGGCCGUGGUGCUACUGACCGCCAUUUUGCAGGUCCCCACUUUGUUGCUGUGAAUAACAAGAAUGAAAUUGUGGUGACAGAUUUUCAUAAUCAUUCAGUGAAGGUGUACAGUGCAGAUGGAGACUUUCUCUUCAAGUUUGGCUCUCAUGGCGAGGGUAAUGGGCAGUUCAAUGCCCCGACUGGCGUGGCUGUGGACUCGAAUGGGAACAUUAUUGUGGCAGAUUGGGGAAACAGCCGCAUCCAGGUAUUUGACAGUACAGGCUCUUUCUUAUCCUAUAUCAACACCACUGCAGAACCACUCUAUGGCCCCCAGGGCUUGGCACUGACCUCCGAUGGCCAUGUGGUAGUGGCCGAUGCAGGCAACCACUGUUUCAAGGCCUAUCGCUACCUCCAGUAGCUGCUCUGCUGACUCAGACCUGGAUGGAUGGACAGAUGGACACCACCACUCCAAGGAUGGGAUGGGCCCAGGAUCCUUCCACUGCGGGCCAGAUCAGGGAGCAAUGAAUGUGGGAGCCACGUGCCCUUUACCACCCCAGGGCCUUCCCCAGGGAUCUUCUCUCCAUGUUCACCAAUUGACCUUUAUCUCCUCUCUCCCCACCCCCCUCUCCAUCCCUUCACGCUGCACUUUAUUUAUUCGGUUCCUGCUUUGGUGAUUGAGGUGGAAGGAAGGCUAUGGGGGAAGUGACCAGGGCUGGGAGGCCUAUGAAAUCUCCCUGAGCUUACCAUCCUGCUGCCUGCCCACUUACCCACCACCCACAUAGUUUUGGUUUCUACAAGAAUGUGCUAAGCUUCACCCCUAACCCCCAGUCCCACUUAGACCUAUACCCCAGGUGGGGGUCUAGACCCUCUUUAGGCCUGGUCUUAGCCCCAUCACGUAGAUCAGUUGUUGCCAGUUCUUCUGGCCUGUCUCCAGGAGGAGCCUGGGGCCUUCUGGCUGCCUCCAAGCUGCAUCACAGGGAAGUGCUGUAGGCUGGCAGGCCAUGGUUGCCCCUCUGCCCUCUCAGACAAACUGACAGACAGACAGUAAUAUCCUUGCCCGGUCCGCUUCAAUGUACAAAAUAAACGGUCUCCGUGGCUUCCAUUUUGAUCCUUCUUGGAGGAGAAGGGGGAUAAUGUUGGUUUGGGCACCUCCCCAGCCCAGGAACAUGGGGUGAGGAGGUGGGCCAGGGGCCCUAAAACAGGGAAAGAAAUGGGAUGGAGGAAAACAGGCAAUUGUUCCCUCAGACCUUGACUCAGAGUGUGUUGUGGUCUCUGAGCAGGCUCUCCUGAUGGAGCUUUGAGGUUGGGCUGUGGUAAUAAGGGAGAGGGUUGCCUCUGAGACUGUAUGUCUGCCAUUCUUUUCCUUAGUUCCCUAUCCCAGGCCGUGGUAGGGGACCUGAGAGGAUCUGGAACCUGGAAUGACAUAAGGUUCCUAGCAACAUCAGAACAGUCACCACCUGGGUGGAGAUGAGGUUAGGAAUGAAAUAAGCCCACAGAGCCAUGAGAAGAAAGGUCCUGGAGAGCAAGUUCUGGCUUGUUAAGAUGGGCCAGAGGGGUAUGAUGAUAGAGAACUGUGGUAAGUGGGAUAGAUGCCCUGGGCAUCUUGUACCCUGACGAAGGUGGGUUUCCAGAAUUAACUUUAUAGACAUAACCCCUGAUAUUUGGGCCAAAGCAAUGGGCAAGCCCUCUAGUCAGGCUCCUAGGAGGUGCCUAGGUAGUUCAGUAAAAGUGUGAACAACCCAGACUUAGGACCUAAUUGUGAGGGUGUUACCACAUGUACACACACACAGCCAUACUCCUUCAUACAAAGAGUGAACACCAGAAUAGAAAUUUAAAGGAAUAAAAUGGAAUAAAGUUCUAGAGGAAA